CGGAGCGGUGGGCGGAGCUAACUGUUCUCUGAUCGCAGGCUGCGUAGAAGAUCCAGUCCAGUCGUCCACCAUGCUGCGCGUCACCACCGCCUCCUUGUGCACCUCCUGCCAGAGGAUGAGGCUGCUCCUCCCGCCCUCCGCCUGCUCCUCUUCCUCCUCCUCCUCCUCCUCUUCCUCCCCCUCGGUGGCCUCUCCCGUCAGGAGGCUGGAGAACCAGCGCACCGUGGACGCCCUCUACCAGCUCUCGGUGGACAUCCGGAAGGUGCGGAAGUUCAAAGGCUGGGUUCUGUCCGAGGGCUCGGCGUUCGUGUCCGAGACCGCCGCCCUGCUGCGGGACAUGGGCGCCGACGCCCCGGCGGUGGCCCGCAUCCUGGAGGACCACCCGGAGGCCGUGCUGUGCCGGCCGGCGGACGCGGCGGCGCAGCGGGACCUCUGGGUGUCCGUCUGCCCCAACCGGCGCGAGCUGAUGGGCAUCAUCGAGAAGUUCCCCGCCUCGUUCUUCACCACCACCCACCACGGGAACCAGCGCGCCAACAUCCAGUACCUGCAGAGCCUCCGCCUCAACAAGCGGAUCAUCAGCCGGCUGAUGGCCAGCGCGCCGCAGAGCUUCAGCCGGCCCGUGGAGCGCAACCAGGAGGUCAUCCACACGCUGCGGGAGAUCUACCUGGACCUGGGCGGCGACGAGGGGAACCUGCGGGUGUGGCUGCAGAAGCUGCUCAGCCAGAACCCCUACAUCCUGCUGCGGCCCGCCGAGGCCUGGAGGGACAGCCUGGGCUUCCUGUGGGAGCAGGGCUUCACCACGGAGGAGCUGCUGCGCCUGGUGUCCAGCCUGCGGGCGUCGGUGGCCGAGCUGCGGCCCGAGUCCAUGCGGCAGGCGCUGCUCUACGUGGAGGGCGUCCUCGGCUGCUCCAAGGACGAGCUCCGGCAGGUGGUGGUGCGCUGCCCCGCCGUGCUCUACUACUCCCUGCCCACCCUGAUGGGCCGCUUCCAGGGCCUGAUGGACUCCGGCGUGAGCGUGGAGCAGGUGAAGGAGUCGCCCACCGUGCUGGAGCUCACCACGCAGAUCGUGCUCUACCGCAUCCACAAGCUGGCGUCGCACGGCUACGACGUGCGCUCCGGCUCGCUGGACGUCAUCGUCGGCACCAAGAAGGACUUCGAGACGAGCUACAGCAAGCUGCAGCUGCGGCGGCAGCGGCCGCUCUUCAACCCCGUCGCCCCGCUCCGAUCGGCCGAGGAGUGACCGUCGGAGGAUGUGAGGGAAACCUGCAACACCGUGCUGCAGUUUCACGGUCACAGUGCCCUUUCUCUCGGCACUGGUUCUUCUUGUUUUCUGCUCAUAACAGAAAACUUGGUUUUCUACCUGGUUCUCUAAUGCUUCCGCUGCGUUCUGGACUGAGGGAUUGCGUUGUGUGAAGGAGGCAGUUUGAACCGCGUCACUGUAACCCCGCCCGGCGACGGCACCGCCGCCGCCUCCACCCGUCUUCUGAAUCCGCCUCGACACCAAGUGCUCCCGCGUUUUGGAUUGAAACGGUUUUAUACGACAAACCUGAAACCGUGGUAACUGGAUGUGCAAGAUGUGCAAUA